AUGGACGACUAUGACGACCUCUGGAACGACUCGUACUGGAACUCUCUUGACAACUCCAGUGACAACUCCAGUGACAACUCCAGUGACAACUCCAGUGACCUUUGCGAGCCUGGAGACACGGAGACCACCAUCCAACUGUUCCAGUCCUGCGUCUUCGGCCUCAUCUUCCUGCUGGGCAUGCUGGGAAACUGCCUGGUCAUCGCCACCUUCGCCCUCUACCGCCGGCUGCGGCUCCGCUCCCUGACGGACGUGUUCCUGUUCCACCUGGCGCUGGCCGACCUCCUGCUGCUCCUCACGCUCCCCCUGCAGGCGGUGGACACUCACCGCGGGUGGAUCUUCUCCGUGCCGCUCUGCAAGGCCACGCGCGCCUGCUACGCCGUCAACACCUACAGCGGCCUGCUGCUGCUGGCCUGCAUCAGCGUGGACCGCUACCUGGUGGUGGCACGGGCGCAGGAGAUGCUCCGGCUGCGCUCUCAGAUCCUGAGAGGAGGGAAGAUGGCGGCUCUGGGCGUGUGGGUUGUUGCCGUUCUCCUCAGUCUACCGGAGAUCCUGUUCUCGGGGGUGUCGUCGGAGCUCGGCCCCAAAGACUCGGUGCAGUUCUACUGCGGCAUGCUAAAGAGCGGGAAGGUCAAGAUGGCCACCAACGGAGCCAUCAUCGCGGUCUUCUGCGUGUCCCUCCUGGUGAUGGUGACGUGCUACUCGCUGAUCGCCCGCGUGCUGUGGGAAGGGAACCGCCUCCGUCGAGGGAACCAGUGGCACCGGCAGCGCACCCUGAAGCUGAUGGUGGCGCUGGUGCUGGUGUUCCUGCUCUUCCAGCUGCCCUACACCGUGGUGCUGUCCCGGAAGAUGGCCGGGCAGUUCUGCAGCCUGCUGGUGGAGUACGUCACCUGCACCUUGGCGUACGCCCGCUGCUGCCUGAACCCCGUCCUGUACGCCCUGGUGGGCGUUCGAUUCCGCAGCGACGUGCUGAGGCUGCUCCGUGACUCAGGAUGUCUACGUGGCCUCUCCGUGGCGCCACAGGCGGUGACCUCCACCUCGCCCUCGUCACCUGCUCUCACCGGGCCCUUGGUUUCCUCCCCGACGCCUCAUGAUCGAUUCUCCAGAGACGAGAUCCCCUCCAAGUUCCUGUUCCCGGGAAACAAGUGAUGUUCAGUGAAGUGGACGAAGCAGCCGACGUCCAGGAUGCACCGGUCACAUGAUCACCUGCACCGGUCACAUGAUCACCUGCACCGGUCACAUGAUCACCUGCACCGGUCACAUGAUCACCUGCACCGGUCACAUGAUCACCUGCAGAAAACAUGAAGGGUUGUCACAGCACAUGAAGAACAAAGAGCAGGAGGAUGAAAACAAAUCAUCAUCCUCACGGUGAUUCGGAUGAUUCCAUUCAGCAGGGGGCAGCAGUGAGUCAUGCUUCAUAUUCAGGAGAAGUUUCAUCAUAAAAUUGUGUGUGUGUGUGUGUGUGUGUGUGUGUGUGUCUGUGUGUGUGUUUGUGUGUGUGUGUGUGUGUUUCAUCAUCAUCUAUCUCAACCCAAACUUUGACCUGAAUAGAUUAAAUGAUCAAAUUUAAAUUACAAUAUAGAAAUGAGGAUGCAGGUAACAAACACACACACACACA